GGCACGCACUCGAUUGUAGUGGUUGAGCGCUUACUGUGUGCAGAGCACUGGACUGAGCGUUUGGGAAGUACAAAUCGGCGGCGCCAUGAGUGGAGGUGGUGGAGGUGGCGGUGGCGGCGGCAGCAGCUCAGCCCCCAGCCGCUUUGCCGAUUACUUUGUCAUCUGCGGGCUGGACACCGAAACCGGCCUGGAGCCGGACGAGCUGUCGGCUUUAUGCCAGUACAUACAGGCUUCUAAAGCCAAAGGUGGUGCCAGCCCUUUCAUUUCCAGUGCCGCAGAAGGGGAAAAUUUUGAGCAGACACCUUUGAGGCGAACGUUCAAGUCCAAGGUUCUCGCCCGUUAUCCUGACAACGUGGAAUGGAAUCCCUUUGACCAGGAUGCAGUGGGAAUGCUGUGCAUGCCCAAGGGGCUGGCGUUCAAGACCCAGGCGGACCCCAGGGACCCCCAGUUCCACUCUUUCAUCAUCACCCGGGAGGACGGCUCGCGGACAUUCGGCUUCUCCCUGACGUUUUACGAGGAGGUGACCAGCAAGCAGAUCUGCAGCGCCAUGCAGACGCUCUACCACAUGCACAAUGCCGAGUACGACGUGUUCCACGCGGCCCCGUCGACAUUGGGGAGGGCGGGGGGGGACUCCGAGGACUGCGACGCCACCCCUGGGACCAAACUGCAGCGCUUCAACUCGUAUGACAUCAGCCGGGACACGCUCUACGUGUCCAAGUGCAUCUGCCUCAUCGCCCCCAUGUCCUUCAUGAAGGCCUGCAGGCGGGUACUGGAGCAACUCCACCAGGCAGUCACCUCGCCCCAGCCUCCCCCCCUCCCCCUCGAGAGCUACAUCUACAACAUCCUCUAUGAGGUGCCCCUCCCCCCUCCCGGGCGGUCCCUGAAAUUCUCGGGGGUCUACGGGCCCAUCGUCUGCCAGAGGCCGAGCACCGGCGAGUUGCCCCUCUUCGACUUCCCCGUGAGGGAGGUUUUUGAGCUGCUCGGCGUGGAGAACGUACUCCAGCUCUUUACCUGCGCCCUCUUGGAGUUUCAAAUCCUGCUCUACUCACAGCAUUACCAGAGGCUGAUGACGGUGGCGGAGACGAUCACGGCCCUCAUGUUUCCCUUCCAGUGGCAGCACGUCUACGUGCCGAUCCUCCCGGCCUCACUUCUGCACUUCUUAGACGCCCCUGUCCCCUACCUGAUGGGCCUGCACUCCAACGGCCUGGAUGACAGGUCCAAGCUGGAACUGCCUCAGGAGGCUAACCUGUGCUUUGUGGACAUAGACAACCACUUUAUUGAGCUACCCGAAGACCUGCCUCAGUUUCCCAACAAACUGGAGUUUGUCCAGGAGGUGUCCGAGAUCCUCAUGGCAUUUGGUAUUCCCCCGGAAGGGAACCUGCAUUGCAGCGAAAGUGCCUCCAAGCUGAAGAGCCUCAGAGCCUGUGACAUUGUGUCGGACAAGCGGAACGGGAACCUUGCCAGCUCUCCUUUGAAUUCCUAUGAACUUCUGAAGAAAAAUGAGACCAUCGCUCGGCUCCAAGCCCUGGUCAAGAGGACCGGGGUGAGCUUAGAAAAGCUUGACGUUCGGGAGGAGACCAGUAGCAAUAAGGAUCUCAAAGUCCAGUGUGACGAAGAGGAGCUCAAAAUUUACCAGCUGAACAUUCAAGUCCGGGAGGUCUUUGCAAACCGUUUCACUCAGAUGUUUGCCGACUAUGAGGUCUUUGUCAUCCAGCCCAGUCAGGAUAAGGAGUCCUGGUUCACCAACAGGGAGCAGAUGCAAAACUUUGAUAAAGCAUCUUUCCUAUCAGACCAACCCGAGCCCUACCUGCCCUUCCUCUCCCGGUUCCUGGAGACGCAGAUGUUUGCCUCCUUUGUGGACAAUAAGAUCAUGUGCCACGAUGAUGACGACAAAGACCCCGUGCUGCGGGUGUUUGAUGCGCGGGUGGACAAGAUCAGGUUGCUAAAUGUCAGGACCCCCACCCUGCGGACAUCCAUGUACCAGAAGUGCACCACUGUGGAUGAAGCAGAGAAGGCCAUUGAGAUGAGGCUGGCCAAGAUCGACCACACGGCCGUGCACCCCCAUUUACUGGACAUGAAGAUCGGGCAGGGCAAGUACGAGCCGGGAUUCUUCCCCAAACUGCAGCCGGACGUGCUGUCCACUGGCCCGGCCAGCAACAAGUGGACCAAGAGGAACGCCCCUGCCCAGUGGAGGCGGAAGGACCGGCAGAAGCAGCACACGGAGCACCUGCGCCUGGACAAUGAUCAGAGGGAGAAGUACAUCCAGGAAGCCAGGAACCUUGGCAGCACCAUCCGCCAGCCCAAAUUAUCGAACCUCUCUCCGUCCGUGAUUGCGCAGACCAACUGGAAGUUUGUUGAGGGUUUACUGAAAGAAUGCCGCAACAAGACCAAGAGGAUGCUGGUGGAGAAGAUGGGCCGGGAAGCCGUGGAGCUGGGCCACGGGGAGGUGAACAUCACCGGCGUAGAAGAGAACACUCUGAUCGCCAGCCUGUGUGAUCUCCUGGAGAGAAUUUGGAGCCACGGCCUGCAGAUCAAGCAGGGUAAAUCAGCCUUGUGGUCUCACUUGUUACAUUACCAGGAAAACAGGCAGAGGAGGCCAACGUCUGGAAGUUUAAGUACCUCAGGAAUCCUCCUCGAUUCAGAACGGAGGAAGUCUGAUGCCAGUCCAGCGAUGUCUCCUCUAAGGGUGUCUCUUAUUCAGGAUAUGAGGCACAUCCAGAACAUUGGAGAAAUCAAAACAGAUGUCGGGAAGGCCCGAGCCUGGGUCCGGCUGUCCAUGGAAAAGAAGUUGCUUUCCAGACACCUCAAACAGCUUCUUUCGGAUCAUGAACUGACCAAGAAGCUGUACAAGCGUUACGCCUUUCUGCGCUGUGAUGAUGAGAAGGAGCAGUUCCUCUACCACCUGCUGUCCUUCAGUGCUGUCGAUUACUUCUGCUUCACCAAUGUCUUCACCACCAUCAUGAUCCCGUACCACAUCCUGAUCGUCCCAAGCAAGAAGCUCGGUGGUUCCAUGUUCACCGCCAAUCCCUGGCUCUGCAUUUCGGGUGAGCUGGGCGAGACACAGAUCCUGCAGAUCCCCAGGAACGUCUUGGAGAUGACCUUCGAGUGGCAGAACCUGGGGAGGCUGACCACUGUCCAGAUCGGCCAUGACAACUCGGGCCUCUAUGCCAAGUGGCUGGUGGAGUUCGUGAUGGUCAGAAACGAAAUCACAGGACACACGUACAAAUUCCCCUGUGGUCGGUGGCUGGGGAAGGGCACGGACGAUGGGAGUCUGGAGAGGGUCUUGGUUGGGGAGUUGCUCACGUCGCACCCCGAGGCAGACGAGCGGCAGUCUCGGACCCCACCCCUGCAGCAGUCCCCCAGCAUGAUUAGGAGACUGGUCGCCAUCUCCCCCAACAACAAGCCAAAGUUGAACACGGGACAGAUUCAGGAGUCCAUCGGGGAAGCAGUCAAUGGUAUCGUGAAGCAUUUCCAUAAGCCUGAGAAAGAGAGAGGCAGCCUGACCCUGCUGCUGUGUGGGGAGUGCGGGCUCGUGUCUGCCCUGGAACAAGUAUUUCAGCACGGUUUUAAAUCACCCCGGCUCUUCAAGAACGUCUUCAUCUGGGACUUCCUGGAAAAAGCACAAACCUACUAUGAGACCCUGGACCAGAGCGAGAUGGUUCCCGAGGAGAACUGGCAGACGCGGGCCCGGAACUUCUGCCGCUUCAUCACGGCAAUCAACAACACCCCACGGAACAUCGGCAAGGAUGGAAAAUUCCAGAUGCUGGUGUGCCUUGGUGCCAGAGAUCACCUCCUCCACCACUGGAUCGCUUUGCUGGCGGACUGCCCCAUCACGGCACAGAUGUAUGAGGACGUGGCAUUGAUUAAGGACCACACCCUUGUCAAUUCCUUGAUCAGAGUGCUGCAGACCUUACAGGAAUUCAACAUCACUCUGGAGACGUCGCUCGUCAAAGGGAUCGACAUCUGAGCGCCAGGAAGGGGAAGGAUCUUGGAAGGCGCUCCGGGCGGGACCUAAGAGCUUCCAUCUGGGAAGAAGUCCUGCCACCCUCAGUCGGCUUCGGCUUGGCUGUGACAAGCAACUUUGACUUUUCUUCUUGAAAGGAACUCCACGCCAAGAGCAGGAAAUGGAUAGAAGAUGUAAACUCAGUGUACAAAAAAGAGAGAGGAUUUUGGAAUAAAUAAUCUAUUUUAGAGUUUAUUUGCUGAUUUGCUUUUUACACACUUUCAUGUGAAAGAGAGAGGGAGAUGAGUAUUUUGCAGCUUAUUUUGAAGCUGCGAUAUUUCCUUGCCAUAGAAAACGUGCAAUGAGCCGUCUAGCAUCCUCCAACCCCUGUCCUCGGAUGUGCCGUGUGUGUGUUAUAGAUUGAGCGUCCAUAUCCCAUUGCUGUUAAUAAGGUCACUGGACAUAGUUUUUAAACUAAUAUUUUAUAUAUUAACAUUAUUACCGAUGUUUUGAGUUACUGCAUUUUGACAUUGCUGUGCUGAAAGGGAAAACUGUAAACUCUAUUUUGUUCACCUGGAAUCUCCUCAGAGUGUCGAUUGGUCAGUCGAUCACGUUUCUUUACUUUUAUUGUCAGUAUUAUUUUGGGAGGAACCAAGGACCGAACCAUGCAGUUGUUAAGAGAUCAAAGUUGCAUUUUUCCUCUUGGUACGUAAUUGCACAGGAGAAAACUGUAAGCAUGUAUUUUAAUAGAUUUUUUUUUGGAGGGGGAGGUGUUUUUUUUUAAUUUAUUUUAACCCUCCAAUGUGUUUUGUCAGUCUUUUUUUUUUCUUUUUCUUUUUUUAAAGAUAAAGGAAAUCCCUUUGGCAGUCUAACUGGCUAGAUUAUUGUUGUUACAUUUCUGUUGUUUCGCAAUUUAGAAACCAGUUGCAGUACAGCCCACUUAAUAAAACGCCUGAAACUGAA